UGCAAAGGAACAUUGGGCAGCAUGGAUUCCUUAACAGAAGAAUUUUUUGAGAGGGAUCCCCCUGUGGAAGAGCAGAAUAAGGAGGAAACCGAGAAUAAGUUAGAAGAUUCAACUUGUCAACUGGUCAAAGAGGAAGAAGACACACCUACUGAUCUUGCCCCUAUUAACCUACUAUUAGAAAUGAAGAAGUUAUUGAAUGCAAUUAAUGCUCUACCAAAAGGUGUGGUCCUACACAUUAAGAAGUUUUUACAAGAAGAUUUUUCCUUCCAAACUAUGAAGAGAGAAGUUCCAGCUCACAGCCAGAAUGGAGAGAAAAGUGUUCCUCCUUUGACUUUAACUUUCUUGAUAACACAGCUAGAAGCAGCACUGAAGAACAUGCAAGCUACUGAUUACACUACAUACCAGAUUAAUAUUGGUUAUUAUUUGACAUUACUAUUUUUGUAUGCAGUAGCACUUACUGAAAGAGGGAAAAAAGAGGAUUAUUUAGAAGCUGAGAGUAAAUUUCUGGUGAUGAAGAUAAUGAUUCAAGAAAAUGAAAUUUGUGAAAACUUUAUGUCCUUAGUAUAUUUUGGACGUGGUUUACUUCGAUGUGCUCAGAAAAGAUAUAAUGGAGGACUGCUAGAGUUUCAUAAAAGUUUACAUGAAAUAGAAGAUUCAAAUGAUUAUUGGUUUGACAUAGAUCCUACAGAAGAUGAUGAUUUACCUACAACUUUUAAAGAUCUUCUCAGUAAUUUUAUCAAGACAUCUGAAAGUAAUAUAAUGAGGCAAACUAUUUGCAGUUACCUAGAUUGUGAGCGAUCUUGUGAAGCUGACAUUUUACAGAACACCAGUUAUAAGGGAUUUGUUCAGUUAAUGUGCAGUAAAAGCUGCUGUAUUUAUUUCCAUAAAAUUUGUUGGAAAAGGUUCAAAAACUUAAAAUAUCCUGGUGAAAAUGAUCAGAGUUUUAGUGGAAAAAUUUGCUUGAAGGAAGAAUGUGCAGGUGACAUUGUAAGGAUGCUAGAAUGUGAUAUACCUGGAAUUGUUAAGAUUUUGGAAACUGCCAAACUGUUUCACAAAGUAGUUGUGUGGUUUUUCAUUUUUAUCAUUCAUGCUAUAGUUUUCCCUACAUCUUCUCUAGCACUUGAAUCAAGUUAUAAAAAUUUUAUGUCUCAGAAAAGAAGUGAUACUGAUAUGAGACCGAAGAUCAGUUUAAAUUUUAGUACAAAAGAUGAAAUGCCCAUCUUCAAACUUGAUUACACCUAUUUCUAUCAUCUACUUCAUAUAAUUAUAAUUUCUGGUACUGACAUUGUCCGGCAAAUAUUUGAUGAGGCUAUGCCACCAUCUCUUUUGAAAAAAGAACUUCUUAUACACAAGAAUGUGCUGGAACCAUACUACAACCAUCUUUGGACCAAUCAUCCUUUGGGUGGAGCAUGGCAUCUGCUUUAUCCCCCAAACAAGGAGCUGCCACAAUCUAAACAGUUUGAUUUAUACCUCCUGUUAGCUCUCAUAAAACAUUUGAACAUAUUCCCUGAACCCCAAAAAGGCUGGAAUGUAGAACCACCAUCUUCUGAUCUCUCUAAGUCUGCAGACAUCCUGAGGCUGUGCAAAUACAGAGAUACCCUCCUUAGUGAGAUUUUGAUGAAUGGUCUCACUGAAUCACAGUUCAACUCAAUUUGGAAAAAAGUUUCAGAUAUUCUUUUGCGCCUUGGGAUGAAGCAAGAGGAUAUUGACAAAGUGAAAGAGAAUCCCAUUGAGAAUAUCUCCCUUGAUUAUCAUCAGUUGUCCAUCUACCUAGGCAUACCUGUGCCAGAAAUCAUUCAGAGGAUGUUAUCCUGCUAUCAACAAGGAAUUGCUCUUCAGUCAAUAACAGGAUGUCAAUGUAUUGAAAUAGAAGAGUUACGGAAUGAGGAUGAAAAACUGAGACCACCUCUCAUGGAGUACAAUAUAAAUCUGAAUUCAGACUGUGAUGUACAAUUAGUAGAAAUGAAUAAAGAUGUGGCAUCAAUACCCAGUGAAUCUUCAACAGAAUCUACUAAAGAUCUCCAGGAAGUUAGUAGUAAACCAAAGAAAAAGAAAAAGAUUAAGAUUAAAAAGAAUAAGGAAUCAAAUGAAGAGCAAGUCAUACAUAUGGUAGGGAACGAAGAGCAGAUAAAGAAGCAGCAAGGAAGUCCACGCUUCAUUGGAUUUAUGAAUGAUGAUUCAAGUGAUGUGCAAGAAGAUUCUGCAAGUGAAGAAAAGAACUAUACCCUGGAUGAAUUGCAUAUUCUGGACAUGAUAGAACAGGGGUCAACCAGCAAGGUAACUGCAGAUUAUGGAGAAACUGACAAGGAAAGGCUUGCUAAUCAACAGCAGCUUUGUAAAUUGCACUAUCAGUGCGAAGAUUUCAAAAAGCAGUUGAAAACAGUCACUUUUCGGUGGCAAGAAAGCCAAAUGCAGAUUAAAAAGAAAGAUAAAAUAAUUUCGUCUCUAAACCAACAAGUGACUUUUGGAAUCAAUAAGGUUUCCAAAUUACAGCGUCAAAUCCAUGCGAAAGACAAUGAAAUAAAAAACCUUAAAGAGCAACUUUCCAUGAAAAGGUCUCAGUGGGAAGUGGAGAAGCAGAAUCUGGAAAGCACAAUUAAAACAUACGUGAACAAACUGAAUGCAGAAACCAGCAGAGCUCUAACAGCAGAGGUGUAUUUCUUACAGUGUCGCCGAGAUUUUGGGUUGCUUCAUUUAGAGCAGACAGAAAAGGAGUGUCUCAGCCAACUUGCCAGGGUGACUCACAUGGCAGCAAGCAACCUAGAGUCACUUCAAUUAAAGGCUUCAGUAGACAGUUGGAAUGCCAUUGUGAUGGAUGUUAGAAACAAGAUUGCAUUCCUCAGGACUCAGUACAAUGAACAAAUUAAUAAGGUGAAGCAAGGGUUUGCCUUGAGUACCUUGCCUCCAGUACAGCUUCCACCACCACCACCCAAUCCUGAAAUACUGAUGCAGCAGUUCUUGGGAAGACCCCUUAUGAAAGAAUCUUACUUUAGACCUAUACUUACUGUUACUCAAAUGCCUGCAGUUUGCCCUGGAGUCAUCUCUGCACCUGGCCAACCUCGAGUCCCCCUGAUGACUGGUAUAGCUUGGACUGUGCCAGCCUCUGUUGGAGAGGCUGUGUCUCCCAAUGCAGGUCUGGGAAGUAACCCUCCCAUGCUGAACUGGGAGAGGAUUAUGGACAGACUGAAAACUGCCUUUCCACAACAGUCCAGAAAGGAACUCACCGAUUUCUUACAAAAAUUGAAGGAUACCAAUGGGAAAUCCUUUUCUGCAAUGACAUUUGAUGAAAUUGUUUGCAAGAUGUCCCAACUCAUUGACCCUAAAAGAUCACAGAGUCAAAGUAAAUCAAUACCAAAUGGGAAUUUUGUUUCAUCACAGCCUAAUGCUGCCCAGUCCCCCAAACCAUCCUGGAGACCACUCAGCUCACAAGGUUCUGCAACAUGGGAAGGAGCCAAUAAUUUGGAUGACGAGGAGGAUGAGGAAGCAGAGCCUUGUGUGAUCUGUCAUGAGGAUCUCUCUCCAGAAAACCUCUCUGUUUUGCCCUGUGCUCACAAAUUCCAUGCUCAGUGCAUUAGACCAUGGUUGAUACAACAGGGGACAUGCCCAACCUGUCGACUCCAUGUUUUGCUACCAGAAGAAUUCCCUGGUAACUCCAGCAGGCAGUUUUCCAAGAUCUGA